UAAAAAAAUUUAUAGGAGAUGGAGAAGAAGAAGAGUAACCAACCAGUCUUUUCUACUUGUUUCAUUUUAUCACUGCAAAAUAUUUGCGAAGAAAAUGACUCUGGAGAUCUGUGUGAAGGCAGCUGCUGGUGCUCCUGAUGUUCUUGGAGAUUGCCCAUUCUGCCAAAGAGUGCAGUUGACUUUAGAAGAGAAGAAAGUUCCCUACAAGUUGAACCUCAUCAAUCUCAGUGACAAACCUCAAUGGUUCUUGGAGAUAAGUCCUGAAGGAAAGGUGCCUGUGAUAAAAAUUGAUGACAAAUGGGUGGCUGAUUCUGAUGUGAUCGUUGGGAUUCUAGAGAAGAAAUACCCUGAGCCAUCUCUCGUAACUCCUCCUGAAUUUGCUUCUGUAGGUUCAAAGAUCUUCCCUACUUUUAUAAAAUUCUUGAAAAGCAAGGAUCCCAAUGAUGGAUCAGAGCAGGCCUUGCUUGAUGAAUUGAAGGCAUUGGAUGAGCAUCUCAAGACACAUGGUCCAUUCAUUGCUGGAGAAAAGAUCACUGCUCUAGAUUUGAGCUUGGCACCAAAAUUGUACCAUCUUGAGGUUACUCUUGGCCAUUUUAAGAAAUGGACUGUCCCUGAAGACUUGACACAUGUCAAAAACUACUUGAUGUUGUUCUCCCGUGAAUCUUUCCAGAACAGUAAGGCUUCAAAGGAACAUAUGAUUGCUGGCUGGGAGCCUAAGGUCAAUGCAUGAAGCAAGUUCUAGGUUAUGUGUUUUAGGAACUCUAGCUAUGGCAUAUAAUGUAGAAGCGUGCAACCAAGCUGGAUGCUGGCGGUCGUAUUGUUCCCUAUAAUAAGAAACGUAAUGUUGGUAUUAAUUAGCAGUGACAUGUAUUGCUCUUUCAUGUCUGGUUUUAGAGUUCUCCAUUCAGCAUGCUCUUUACCAUAACCAAAAUAUUCGUGGAUGAAGUAAUAAAAUAGUGAAAAAAGAAAAAUUGUAUUA